AUGGCUUUAAGUAAUCUUUCUAUUGCUUUAUCUGUUGUAUCUGCAAUUUUCUUACGUUUCAGAACGACAGCACUUCUUGAAGAUUAUGUUCAAUUGAUGAAUUCUGAUACAGAUACUGUAAGAGAUGAGCUGGAUUUUGAGUUCUUGGGAAACCGAAGUGGGCAGCCUUAUACUGUUCAAACCAAUAUCUAUGCUCAUGGAAAGGGUGACAGGGAACAAAGAGUUAACCUUUGGUUUGAUCCUGCUGCAGAUUUCCAUACUUACACGAUUAUGUGGAACCAUCAUCAUAUUGUGUUCUAUGUUGAUGAAGUGCCGAUCAGAGUUUACAAGAACAAUGAAGCUAGGAACAUCCCAUAUCCAAAGUUCCAGCCAAUGGGAGUGUAUUCAACACUGUGGGAAGCUGAUGAUUGGGCAACAAGAGGAGGCCUGGAGAAAAUUGAUUGGAGCAAAGCUCCUUUCUUAGCCUACUACAAGGACUUUGACAUUGAAGGAUGUCCUGUGCCAGGGCCAGCAAACUGUGCCUCAAGCCCUAGUAACUGGUGGGAGGGGACUGCUUACCAAGCCCUCAAUGCCAUGGAAGCUAGAAGAUACAGGUGGGUUCGUAUGAACCAUAUGAUCUACAAUUACUGCACCGACAAGUCUCGAUACCCGGUUACCCCGCCGGAGUGCAUGGCAGGCAUCUGAAAUCUUAUCCAAAGUUCCAUAUCCAAACUCAACUGUCCAGAAUAUUGAUAUACCAUACGUUUCAUGUCAUACUCUACGUACACGCCUGCCUUUGUACAAUAAUAGCUAUAUAUGUUAUAAGAGAGCCAUGCAAAAAAUUGGGGUUAUUAUAAAGGAAAAUAAGUUAUUCUUGUGUGCAUAUAAUUGUGAAGUGAAAGGUAGGGUUCCUGGAAUGGGCAAAGUCAAUUUCUAAUUGUAGACAAGUAUUGUCUGUAUUUGGAGCAUAUUAUUUUGUGCCUAAUAAAAGCUUUCAUCAAAAGGAUAAUUUAUUAA